AUGGCGUGUAGCGGAGUAGCAGCACCAGCAGCACCAGUGAACAACUGCUGUCGGUUUUGCAGCAAAAACCUGAUGAGCCACGGCGCCCUUAUUGAUUCCGCAAAUAUUUUUUUACGACGUAGUCAGGAAACUUCAAUUUUUGAGAGGCUUUCGGCUCUCGGUUUGACGAUAAGAAACGUGAAGGAAAAGUCUAUGCACACGUGUGGGAGUUGUGUAGACGUGAUCGGACGACUGGAACGAGACAUGGUAUCAUUUAAAAGAUGGCAACUAGAAGAAAAAGCUGAAGAAACAGACGAAAUAGCAAAAACAUCUGCUUCAUCGCCAUUAAAAAGUGAAACAAGAGAGCACUCAAUAUCAGAAACACCGAGGGCGGUGGAGACGGUUCUCCAUAACCGUGAAACUCCCACCCAGGUGUCAGCGCAGCGGAGCAUUACACAGGAAUGUCUUAUGAAUGCCAAGUGUGAAGAAACUCCAAUCGUAAGACAUGUGGCCUCUCAGACGUAUCUCCCAGACCUCCCCCACAUCCUCAAGAUGAGAUCAUUUGGGAAGAGAUCAAUCGGCACGCAGCUGUCCAUGAAAACUUUGCGAAGUCGCAUCCGAAGUACAGCAACCCAGGUGAAAAUAUCCAGCAGAGACUGCGGCGUGUGCACCAUCACCCUCCCCCUGAAUAGUCGAUUGCUGUUUCUACAACCGACCCUGGUAAAGAAACCCUCCAAAAGACCUCGACUCAGUGUUCCAGACGAGGAAGAAGGCCCAUCAGAUAGGAGCAUAUCUACAGUAGUUCACAAAUCAAAGGAUUCAACAUGAAUCUGAAGGUGUUUGUGGUUUAGCAUUUGUAUUUUUUUUUACCCUUUUCAGCAAUUUCUAGAAGCAAAAAACAAAGAGAAAUGUAAAAACUAACAUAACUAGCGUCAGUAUUUCUGUCAGAUGUUUUAUUGAGUUGCCUCUCUGUAAAAAUGCUUGAAAUGAAAAUAAAGUGGACAUUUGUGACAUUUUAUUGUGGAGACUCAAUC